AUGGCUUCCAAGAUCUUGCCUCGCUUUUCAAGAUGUGUCACACAUCCUUCACGACUGCCCAGGCGAUCCCAAUGUCGGUUCUUAACCACCACACCGCGAGUGGCAAGCGAAGCUCUCCAAGUUCACCGUGACAGCCCAGAAAACAAUCCUUCUAUACCCUUUAAGUUCAAUGCUAUCAAUCAAAAGUUGAUCGCCGAAAUCUUGAAACGCUAUCCCCCACAAUACAAGAAAGCAGCUGUCAUGCCUCUACUUGACCUGGGCCAGCGCCAGCAUGGCUUCACAAGCAUAAGCGUUAUGAAUGAGGUGGCCAAACUGCUGGAGAUGCCUCCCAUGCGAGUCUACGAAGUGGCGACCUUCUACACAAUGUAUAACCGGGAUCCAGUGGGCAGGUUUCACGUCCAAGCUUGCACAACGACUCCGUGCCAAUUAGGCGGCUGUGGUUCUGACAAGAUAAUGGCUGCGAUCGAAGACCAUCUUGGCAUUCACCCUGGCCAAACGACCGAAGACCGCAUGUUUACGUUCUCCGAAGUCGAAUGCCUGGGCGCUUGCGUCAACGCCCCCAUGGUCCAGAUCAAUGACGACUACUACGAAGACUUGACUCCCGAAUCGAUGGUCACCCUUCUCAAAGCAUUGCAAGCAACUGCACACGCCACAGGGGCAGCUGGCGGGACGGCAGGAAUAGGAGGCGAGAGCGAGACGGGUAUGGGACAAAGGAAAGGAGAGGGGAGAGAUCAAGACGGCAAGAGUGGGGAAGUGGACGGUCAAGCUGCGAGGGGAUAUGCGGCGAAAGGGGUCAAGCUGCCGAGUCCAGGACCUAUGAGUGGAAGGAAGACCUGCGAGCCGUUUGCUGGUUUGACGUCGCUCAAGGAGGAACCCUGGGGCAAUGAGAAGUUGAGGACCGAUGGAGCUUUGUAG